AUGGGAAAGCCCAGCGUUCGCAUCGCUGUCAUGGGCGUGACAGGCGCAGGCAAGAGCACUUUCAUCCAAACGGCCAGCGAUCUUGACGUCGGAAUUGGCCAUGAACUGCAAUCCUUCACCGCCGAAGUCGAACCAUUCGAAUUCGAUUAUGCUGGCCUACACAUCACACUCAUCGAUACUCCCGGCUUCAACGACACGACACGCAGCGAGACGGAAGUCUUGCGAUCCAUCGCAGAUUGGCUCGACUUCAGCUACCGAAACCCGCCACAUCUUAAGCUCACCGGAAUUAUAUAUCUGCAAUCGAUCAUGGACCCACGCAUGUACGGCUCUUCGUUGCGAAACUUGAAGAUGUUCAAGGAACUCGUUGGCCCCGAACCACUGCAGAAUGUGGUCUUGGCGACGACUCGCUGGGGUCAGCUGUCAAAGUCUGGUGAGGUAGACAUGGGCGAGUCUCGAGAGAAGCAGCUAUGCGACGACGAGACGUACUGGAAGCCGAUGAUCUCACGCGGGUCCAGAGUAGCUCGCUUCGAAGACACCCGUGAUUCUGCCUUGAAUCUCAUCUUGAGCUUGAUCGAAGCACAACCCAAGGUCCUUCAGAUCCAGUCCGAGCUGGUCGAUCAAAAGAAAGAUCUUAUCGAUACCUCAGCUGGAACAGCAGUCAACGAGGAAGUCAAGCGCCUAGAAAGCAAGUACAAAGAAGAGCUCCAGCAAAUCCAGUUCGAUCUAGACAAAGCUCUCGAACAAAACGAAGCCGACGUCCAAGAAGCCCUCGAACACGCCAAAGCAGACUUCGAGCGCAAACUCGACAGAGUCCACGCAGAGCAAGAUUUACUCCGCUACGAGAGCCGCAACCAGUCCCGCAAAAUGCGAGACGAAUACGAGCAAUUACAGCUGGCGUAUCAGCAAAAACUGGGUGCGCAAAAACUCGACUUCGAUGAGACGGUUCGGAUACUACAGGCUAACGAAUCGAAGCUGCGUAAAGAGCAGAGGGACGCAAUGAACAAACAGAUCGAGGAGAUGAAGAAGCAGAAGAAGGGGUCGCCGGGACGGACUGGAAUGAAAUUGGUGGCGGGAUUACUACCAGUGGUCGGAUCGGUGGUGCUAGGUCUUUUGGGUAUCCCAGUCGGGUUGGGAGGACUGAUGGGCGGUGGAGGCGGCUUCUAG